CAGGACUGUAAUGUUUAUAAAUAAAUCCAUUGUGUUUAUAACUGUAUGUAGGUUUUCUUUUACUGACAAAAGCUGGUAGUUUUAAAUAAUUUUAUUUAAUAUAUUCAAUCCGUCCUUGUAAUUGGAGUGCCAAGCUAAUGUAUAUAUUUCACAAUGUGUGAUUCUGAAGAGAAUUGUCAAUGUCGAAGGUCACUGCUGGAAGCAAUAACCUACAAGUACAUCAUUGCUAUGAAGGAGGAUCCUAGCAACUCUUCAAUCUACGUGCCUAAACGAGGACUUGUCACACUUUCAGAAUCUGGAGAUCUGAUUCUGCCGGAGAAUGUUGAUUUGACCGACUACAAGAUUGACAGUGCUGGAAACGUUGAUGAGCUGGUACGACUGGCUUGUAACGUGAAGGAGCUGAUACUCCAUGGGAACUGUCUACAGGUGUGGGAUGAGGUGUUAACGAUUGUCAGUGGAAUGCCCAUGCUGACGUUUCUAAAUCUGACUGCCAAUUCGUUGAGUGAGAUGGUGGUCAGGCCAAGUGAAAAAUCGGUCUUUCCCAACAUCAGCCAUCUUGUCCUCAACAAGACACGGGUGCCUUGGGAUACAUUAGAGGCUUUGUUGCAGUGUUUUUUUAGUCUGGUCGAGCUUCACCUUAGUUUAAAUGACUAUACAGAUGUGUGCCUGUCGGAUCAGCUGGAGUAUCCGUCUCUCAAGAUCCUCUUCUUUAACGGCAACGCUGUGACGUCGUGGCCAAAGAUAUGUAAACUGGGUCGUGCGUUUCCCAACCUCGAAGAUCUGAUGAUGUGCGGCUGUAAGUUCACAAACAUCGGAUCGGACGGACACGAAGCAUUUUCCAGGCUGCGGAGAUGGAGCCUGAGUCAGACCCACCUGGAGGGGUGGGGGGAUGUCGACCAGCUCCGACACUUCCCCGCUCUCUAUGACGUCCGCUUACAAGAUAUCGCAUUCUUACAGAAAUAUAAGCAGAAGGAGAGACGACAACUUAUUAUUGCCCGCACCCCCAACAUCAUCUGUCUGAACGGUAGUCGAAUUGAAGCACUAGAUCGCGAAGAUGCCGAAAGAGCUUUUAUACGCAAGUACAUGGAUGCAGAUGAGAAACCAGAGAGGUACUUUGAACUGGAGAAGGUGCACGGCAAGCUCCACCCACUGGCAAACGUUUGCAUGACCCCGCAGACGACCUUCAAGGUGUCGGUGGUGUUUGACGAGCAGGUGCAGGUGAUGGAGAUCAGCACCAGCCAGACGGUCGGCCAGCUCAAGUCGUCCCUCGCCAGUCUGUUCGGCCAGCCGCCCAACAAGUGCAGACUGUUCUACCUCGACAAGCAGAUAAGCCACGGCUUGGAGGAGCUCAAGUUCCCGCAGAAGAUGGUCUACAAUCUGAACGUGGAUGACGGCGACGAGUUUCAUAUAUGGUUGAAGUGUCGCUGACUGCGUGUAUAUGGGUCGUUUCUAAAGCGGCAUUCUCAUUUGUCACUUGUCAUUAAUUGAACCAACUUGUCGCAUGCGAUCGAAUUGUACUGUCAGAACACCUAAAUCAUAGGGCCGACAAAUCGCAUGUAAGUAGUGGGUGCAACUAAUCGCAUAAUGAGAAUGCAACUUUUGUGUGUGAUCAAAUCUGUGUUCUUAUUUGACAUUCCCGAUGAUUUCUCAUUGCAGAAAAGGUGAAUGUCUGAUGUAAUAAUAAUAAGUGUCAGUGUUAAUGUUCAAAGUCAUUUAACAGCACAGACUUUAAAAUAAUGGGUCUUAUAAAUAUUACCUAAAAUAAGUUAUUAGAUGGGUACAGUACCAGGAAGAUAUUGAAAAAUAAUGAAAAUGACAAUGGGCAUUGUUUGUUUCAUUAAUCAACUUACGGUUUUAGUGAAAUAUAGGCAUCAAAAACAUCGUUAAUUUGGCACUUUUUGUUGUAAGUUUAUGUUGGACAACAUUUAUUUUUAAAAUUUUAUUGUGCUGAUUGCUGUGUCUCAGGUAUGUUGUAAAUGUUUUCUUCUCCUGAAAUGGAGUUUAUUCAUCUACAGCUGACUCUCCAGGUCCCAAGCCAAGUGUGUAAUCAUAGUUUAUAUAGUGUGGGAGAAGCUGUGAACUGAUGAAUGUAAAUACCUUUUUUUAAAACAUUGUCAGAUAUAGAUUCCAUACAAACCAGUUCUACUUUCCACAGAAGCACUUCUUAGUCAUGCAGGGAUCACACUGGGAUACAUUUAGUCUUGGCCAAUUUUAAGGUAUAUGUAAAGUAUUUGCAUGGAAAUUUGUCAGAACUGGUUAAUUUAAAGGAAAUUUUAUUAGUCAAAGACGAAAAUGUUGUAGCCACUUUGUAUAAAAAUUAGGACUUUGCUAAUUUGGCAAUGGACAGGGUGAGCCCUGAAUGUUGUAGCCACUUCGUA